AUGAUUUUAAAAGAGGAACAGGAUUCCACGCAUGGAACAUCAGAAUUAUCGUCGACCGAAGACUCCCCAACGAACUCGAUAAAGAUUUUUGACUCUGAAUCAGAAAACAGCUCCACAACCCACUCAUCACUCAGAGUAGAAAACCCGUUACCACCAGUCCCACUGCCAGCGCUGAAUCCUCCUCGUUACAGCAUUUUACAACAACAGCGCCAACUGCCUCUGCCUCAAUCUGUCAGGUAUACCUUUAUGCCACAAACAAACCCAGCAAAUAGCAUGAUUAUGAAACCUAUGGAUAACCAUAACCUACCAUCUUUCUACAUCUCGAUCAACUUGAAUUGCUUUGUCGGCUUUUCAUGCAUCACAACAAUCAGAAAGGAGGGAUGGCAUGGAGAAAUCAUUGGAGAUUUUGAGUUGAAUGUCCAUGGUAAACGAAAGCACGGAACAGUGUCUCUUUUCGGAUACGAACGGAUCCUGGACGAUGUUUUUGGUGUCACGUCUAAGGUGUUCCGCGCAGGGACGUACCACUGGUAUGGACAAAAUCGGUUUGGUAACAGUAAAACGACGUCAAAUCUGCGCUGGGAAGAAUUUUCCGCUGAGGAUUCUCCUUAUACAACCUUAUCGGUAAUGACUUUGUAA